UUGUAAUGUAUAUUGUAUAUUUUAUCUUCUUGUUUCUUGAAUUAUGAUUAAAUAUAUUUAGUAUGUGAUGUGAUUAGGUAUUUGUAGGUAAUUGUCAUUGGUCUAUUGUGAAGUUCAUGCGUGUGAUGAAGAUUUAAAUAAUUCUUUCCUCCUUCCGGAAUAUUUUUAUUUUUUCAUAAGCUUGUAUUAUAUUAUAAUUAUAUACUAGCAUACUGUAUAUAAUACUGUUAAACUAAUAUAAAGUCAUAUACACACAUACAGUUAGACAAUUACAGUACUUUAAAUUGACAUACCACACAUUCAUAACUGGUAAAUAUAUUGAACAUCAGCUUAAAUUAAUUGAUUGUACCUAGCACGGAUCUAUAUAUAAACCAGCCCUUAGGUUAAUGUAAUAAUGGAAAGUUCAAAAGCAGACGAAAAAUACUUGUUGAAAAAUGGCCGAGUUUUACUAAAAGAAAUGUUUGACGGGUUAGCUUACACUUAUCCAGUAUUUGAUGUAUAUCCAGAGAGUAGAAUAAUUGGAUUAAAAUUGAAAUCAGAAAAACGUGUUUGUUUACUUGGUGGCGGUGGAUCUGGACAUGAACCAUAUCCAUUUGGAUAUAUUGGUGAUGGGAUGUUAUCCGCGUCUGUUAGUGGUUAUGUGUUUACUUGUUGUUCAUCACUGAAUAUUUACCAGGCAAUCAAGUAUUUAAAUAAUUAUAACUGUAAUGGAGGAGUUUUACUUAUAGUAGCAAAUUAUACUGGUGACGUAUUUAAUUUUGGAUUGGCCUGUGAAAAAGCGAAAAAAAUCGACAACAUUAAUGUGGCCGAGUUAAUAGUGAGUGAUGAUUGUUCAAGGCCAGGAGGAAAAGUAGGCAAAAGAGGAAUGUGUGGUUUAUUGUAUGUUAUAAAGAUAUUGGGUGUGUUGGCUAAACGAGGUAGUAGUAUUGAAGAUUUAUUGUCCCUGGGUAAAAAUAUCAAUGGAAAGCUAGCAUCACUUGGAAUAAGUGCAACUUCAUGUAAUAUUCCGGGUGAAGAACCAUCAUUUUUACUACAAAAAGGAGAAUUUGAAUUUGGAGUCGGAUUACACGGAGAAGCAGGGACUUCGAGAGUUAAAGCAUGUGAUGUGAAAGAUUUGAUCCGUUUAGCAGUAGAUAAGAUAUGUAGCACCCUAGGUUUGAAAGAAUUCAGUGUAAUUUGUUUGAUCGUGAAUAAUCUUGGAUUAGUUUCACACAUAGAGUUAGGUGCAUUGGCUAAAUACGCUAAAGAAUAUUUUGAUGAACUUAAAAUAGACGUUAGCCGUAUGUUUGUGGGAACAUUUAUUGUGUCUCUAAAUAUGUAUGGAUUUCAAUUAAGUGUUAUUGAUGUAAGUGACAAUCAAGAAUGGAUUAAUUAUAUAGAUGAAGAAACAUCAGCUUUUGCUUGGCCGGGAAAUCAUAUGAGCAUAAAACCAAUCGAAAAACAGAAAUCUGAAAAUAUAAAAAUUCCAAAAAUUGACGAUAUAGAUCCUAAAUUAGGGGUAUGUAUAUCAGAAAAAGGAAGUUUAAUAUUAAAAAGUAUAUUGAAACAAAUUGGAGAAGAUCUUCUAAAAAAUGUUGAUGUCUUAAAUAAACUGGAUCAGGAAAUCGGAGAUGGCGACAAUGGUUCAACUAUUUCGCGGUUUGCUUCUGACUUACUUACCAAUCUAAACAACCUUCCAUUAAACUACCCAGCCAGUGUUUUGUAUUCUUUGGCUUUCAUCUGUGAAGACAAAAUGGGUGGUGCAUCUGGAGCUCUUUAUAGUUUGUUGUUGACUGGAGCUGCUGGGCAUUUAGCUUCAAUGAACUAUUUAGACUGGACCGGAGCGUUGAAGAAUGCACUAGAUACAUCUAUGAAAUAUUCAAGUGCAAGAAAAGGAGAUAAAACCAUGUUUGAUCCAAUAAUUGCGAUACAUCAAGUAUUUCAAGAAUAUGGAAACUUAGAUGCUAGAGACUAUGUAACAGUUUUAGAAAAAGCAUUAUGCCGAGUACAUGAUGUUUGCAAUGAUGUAAAACAAAUGAAGGCAGAAUUUGGUAAAGCUUCUUAUGUAGAAAGUGUUACUUCUGUUGGUAAAAUGGAUGCUGGAGCUUAUGGUGUAGCUUUAUGGUUGAAAGCUAUACAUACCGCUUAUAUGGAUACAUCAAAAUAAAUAUUAUUUCAUAAUGAUUGUCAAUUUGAGUAGUUUUUGUAAUACAUUUUAUAAGUUUUUAUACCAAUAUUAUAUUUUAAUGUAUAAAAAAUGAUAUUUAAGUAAAAUAAAUAAAAUAAUGCACAUAUUUUAAAGUAUAUACAUUUAUGAUUUGUAAAACAAAUUUACAAUAAAUAAUAAAAAUGCAAGAA